AUGGAAACUAAUAUAUCGGAUCGAUUAUGGAUGUGCAAUUGGUUAAAAUAUUGGACAAAAGAUUUUCUCCAUCUCGCACCAUCUGAUGAAUUUUUUUUCUGGGUUGUGCGUCGACCAAAUUAUCAGAAUGACCGAAUUUGGGCAAAAAGUAUCGAUGAUAUUGAAGAAGAUCAACGUUAUCGUGAAAUGGUUAAAAAUCAAGCAUUCAUUAGGAUUUUCGUUAUAUUUACUGCUAAAAAGUUACAUUGGGUGUGGGUGUGGGUGUGGGU